AUGACAAGACUUCCACAUAGAAUCAGAAGUGAUAAUGAAGGAGCCAAGAAGAAAAUAUUCUGGGUCACUAAAGUAGGAUCAAAUUUUCCUUGGGCAAGAAGAUAAUGAAGGAGAAAUGCGAGAAGAUAUCAUGUUUAUAAAGAAAACAAGAAUCAUCAAUUAAUCUUAUCAUAAUCAAGAGAUAAACGGACAAGCCUUCAGUUCGAAAAUCAAACAGCAUCUUCUAUUCAAAAGAUCUUACUUUUACAUUAUCAAUGAAGAAAAUAUUGAUUCUUGAAAGCUUCUACUUUUCUCCAUGUGGAAUCAAAUAUGAGAGGACAAGAAGAUAUUUAAAGCUUGAAUAAGUCGGGAUCAGAACUGAUAAUGAAGGCGAGAUUCUCGGCUUUCAAAGUUAGGUCACUUUUUUUGGGCAUAAGAGGAUAAGAAAAUAAACCAACUUCUUCAUCCUACAUCCAAUGAAAAGAACACAAAGGUUAUAAAAGAAGAAAAAAUCUCAAGCCUCGACUUUCCCCAGCCUCCAACACGUGGAAUCAGAACUGAUAAUGCAGGGGGAAGACGAAAAUUGGCAAGUGAUGGGCCCCCAGUUUCUGGGGGCCGACGUCACGCCCAAGCAGCAGGCGGUUCCGAUAUCGUCGUCACGUGUGCUGGAUGCCAAACAGAACGCGAUAUACUUUGAUCUCAUUACACAACUCGCUUCUUUUUUCCGCUGUGAGAAGUAG